ACGAGGCGCAUCUUGGUUUGGAUAGGCGACCUUGUGGAACGUUGGUGCGAAUAUAGAGAGCACUUAAACAUCGAUAUACAGUUUACCUUCAUAUUUUGCCAGCUGAGAUGCAUAGUAACAUCAAGACGUAUGUUUUGCAUUUUCGCGAGUGGGUGGCUGCAAUUUACACGGUUUGAGACCUGAAAUCAUCGAAUUGACAAGUUCAUACGAAUAUGGCGGCUGCACUGGCUGAUAGCAUAAUUCCAGUUUGUGUUGGUGAAAACUCAAUGGAUUUAGACGAGAAUCAAGCUGAAGAUACAUUUUCCGAUGGAAUAAACAUUGAUUCAUUCAUCGAGGAGGAAUUCUCAAAUCUUUUUGAUAGUGGAUCAGAUGUUGACGAGUCUCUGUUUGAAGACUGCGCUCCAACAAGCUCCAAUUCAUCGAUUAUUUUGGCUCAGCAACUAAAGAAAUUGAACGAAUCAAACCUUACUGACAACGGUGAAGCGACCUCGGUAGGAAAUGAAGUGGGAGAACGUGUAUCUGUUGCAACAAAAGAAGACCUAGACGAUAUGUCAACAACAACACAGUUCUGUGAGAAAUGUCAGCGUCUACAAGUUCAUAAUUCCAGUCCUCUUGACUCUGGUAUCGGUGAUAGUCCAAGGGAUGUAAGCUUAGUUACAGAUCUUAGAGAAAUGAUUGUGACAGAUGGUCAGAUUAUUGACAUACUUGAAGAAGUUGGAAAUGUUUGGAGAAAACUUGGUCCUAUUCUUAACAUUUCAAUGGCAAAGAUAAAGAAUAUAGAUGCAGAUUAUCAACAUAAUGCUGAAAAAGCAAGCUGUUUAUUGACAACAUGGAAAGAACAAGAAGGAAAAAAUGCWACUGUGGGGAAUUUAGAAUCUGCAUUGCUCAGAAUUAGGAGGAAAGAUAUUGCUGACAAGUUUUUAGAGAUUGUAGGUAUUUCAGCRUAUAAUGUGCAGCCAAUCAAAAUGAUUGACAAACCAUUGAACCUCCUUGUAAGAGUUGGACUAACUACUGAGUAUGCUCAACCAGACACUUCAGUUUUAUUAUGUGAAGAUGGAAGUGGUAGGAGGUACCUUGUAAAAGAAAUCACUGAUGAAAAAAAUGACUGGAAUAUUGAAAAGAUUGUUGACAAUGAAAAAGUGAUGGAAAGAAUGAUAAUAGCUGCAAGAAACUCCAGGAAAACAAAAGAACAACGCCGAGAAGAAAGCUUAAGGCGUGUGUCUGCAGAGCUUACAGAACUUAGAAAGAGAAUGAAAAGAGUACGCAUUGAAAGUGAAGAAGAAGAAGAGACAGAGCAAGACAGUCCAACUCCAAGAUGUAAAAGUGAUUCAGUUAACAAUGAAAACAAGAUAACCCCAGCAGAAUCAAGAGAAAUGCUGAGAAUGUGUAUCUUGCAAAGUGAGAAUUCUCAAAUGAUGUACAAAACACUGAUAAAGCUGAUUGGUGAAGUUGGACCACUAGAAGGGAAUUCACGAUGCCUACGACAGCUCUCUGAUUUCACGAACGAACUAAGAGAGCAAGAGAGAAAAUUGAUCCCGAAGCUUUACAUGUUGAAUGCGUUGAAGGAUAACUUAGAAGAGAAGCAAAUAGCAAUACUUGAGAGGUUACAGAARUGGCAACAAACUCAAAACAAACAAGUUGAAGGUAUAGACAAGCUAAUAACAAGUCUACUGGAACAGGGAAAGAUACGGUGGAAAAGAAAAACAUCAAAUCGAAAAUCAGAACCAAUCUUUAACAAAAUCAGUGACUCUCUUGGAGUGAGACGGCGUGCCAAGACUGAUUCAGGUGAAAGUAAAAAGCAAUAUCUUAGCUCUUUACAUGAUGACAAAAAAGAAGAACKAAAGAAGCAAAUUUCCUCCCCACUGUGUGCAAGACAGAUGCAAAAGAUGUAAAUUUUAUUAAAUGAAUGAUGGAGAUCUAUAAGAUACACAGAAACUAAUGYCAGUAAAACUCAUGUUUUUUUAAGAUGUUGUAGAACUGUCAGUAUGAAGGCCAAAAAGAACCAAAAUGUUUCUGUUUGCAUUCUAAUCAUGUAUUAUGUUUAAAGCCUAUUCUUUCUUUGAAUCUUGGACACAUUCAAAAGCAAAAAAUGAAUAYAUUUGUCUUGAUUAUUAAUAUAAUGGUCAAAAGGUAUGGUAGAAAACAUUCAUUGAUUGGAGACAAAUUGUUCUAACAACCUGUKUUAUACAUUUCAUUCAAUCAGUGUACUGAUGAAAUAAUUUAAAAAGAAAUUCAUGAAAAUGAUUAGAGAUGUGUGAAAAAUAUGRUUAUUUUGAGAUUAUUAUUAAGAGCAUAUUAUUUUUUUAGAAUAUUUAAUUACAUUUCCACAAAAUUGCCUUCAGAGUAAUGUUAUGAAAGCUACAAAGCCUGGUAUUACAGUAUGAUUACAUGUAAAACAGUUUCUUUCUGUUCAAAAGUUUCAGAUUAUCUACUUUGUACUUGAUGCCUGUAAUUUGUUGUCCUUAUUUCUCUUUUUGUUUUGUUGUGAUUUAUUUGAGCCUAUUUCCUUUUUAUCAUUCGCUCCUUUUGUGACUAUAUUCCAUAACCAUUUCAUGACUAAAAGCCAUGACCUUGAGUACUAAUGCAGUAGAUAAGCUAAGUGCUGUAACAUUAAAAGCAAUUUUUUUAUACUUUA